CGAGAGUUUGUGGAAGAUGGCGCCUGUUGUGACAGGUCAUUGAAAUUAUGAGACUAUCAUUCAGAUGGAAGCGUUAUAGUUCUUCGGGACCAUUAUGAUCUCAAAAGGAAAAGAGAAUGAUACAGAUACACUGGCUGAGGUGUUUUGAGGUGCAUCGAAGUGUUCCAAGCAGUGACUUACCUUAACAUGUUCUUGAAGUACCAUGGCGUGGAUUAAAAGAAAAUUUGGUGAGCGACCUCCACCUAAACGACUCACUAGGGAAGCUAUGCGAAAUUAUUUAAAAGAGCGAGGGGAUCAAACAGUGCUUAUUCUUCAUGCAAAAGUUGCACAGAAGUCAUAUGGAAAUGAGAAACGGUUUUUUUGCCCUCCUCCUUGUGUCUAUCUCAUGGGCAGUGGAUGGAAGAAAAAAAAAGAACAAAUGGAACGUGACGGUUGUUCUGAACAAGAGUCUCAACCAUGUGCAUUUAUUGGAAUAGGAAAUAGUGACCAAGAAAUGCAGCAGCUGAACUUGGAAGGAAAGAAUUACUGCACGGCCAAAACGUUGUACAUAUCUGAUUCAGACAAGAGAAAGCACUUCAUGCUGUCUGUCAAGAUGUUCUACGGCAACAGUGAUGACAUCGGUGUGUUCCUCAGCAAGCGGAUAAAAGUCAUCUCCAAACCUUCCAAGAAGAAGCAGUCCUUGAAAAAUGCUGACUUAUGCAUUGCCUCAGGAACAAAGGUGGCUCUGUUUAAUCGACUUCGAUCCCAGACAGUCAGUACCAGAUACUUGCAUGUAGAAGGAGGUAAUUUCCAUGCCAGUUCUCAGCAGUGGGGAGCAUUUUACAUUCAUCUCUUGGAUGAUGAUGAAUCAGAAGGAGAAGAAUUCACAGUUCGUGAUGGCUACAUCCAUUAUGGACAGACCGUCAAGCUUGUGUGUUCAGUUACUGGCAUGGCACUCCCAAGAUUGAUAAUUAGGAAGGUCGACAAGCAGACUGCAUUGCUGGAUGCAGAUGAUCCUGUGUCACAGCUCCAUAAAUGUGCAUUUUACCUUAAGGAUACAGAAAGAAUGUACUUGUGCCUUUCUCAAGAAAGAAUAAUCCAGUUUCAGGCCACUCCAUGCCCAAAAGAACCAAAUAAAGAGAUGAUAAAUGAUGGAGCUUCCUGGACAAUCAUCAGCACGGAUAAGGCAGAGUAUACAUUUUAUGAGGGAAUGGGCCCUGUCCUCGCCCCAGUCACACCUGUGCCUGUCGUAGAGAGUCUUCAGUUGAAUGGCGGCGGGGACGUAGCAAUGCUUGAACUUACAGGACAGAACUUCACUCCGAAUUUACGAGUAUGGUUUGGAGAUGUAGAAGCGGAAACCAUGUACAGAUGUGGCGAGAGUAUGCUCUGUGUGGUCCCAGACAUUUCUGCAUUCCGAGAAGGUUGGAGAUGGGUCCGGCAGCCAGUGCAAGUUCCAGUAACUUUGGUCCGUAACGAUGGAAUCAUUUAUUCCACCAGCCUUACCUUUACCUACACACCAGAACCAGGGCCUCGGCCACAUUGCAGUGCAGCGGGCGCAAUCCUUCGAGCCAACUCCAGCCAAGUGCCCUCGAACGAAUCAAACACAAACAGCGAGGGAAGUUACACAAAUGUCAGCACAAAUUCAACCAAUGUCACAUCAUCCACAGCAACAGUGGUGUCCUAACUACCGUUCUUUUGCUAGGACUUAACUGACUUGAGUGCGGCAAAAGGGUGGCAGAAAAAAAAAGGAAAGAGAGAAAAAUGAACAAUCUUUUGUGGUUUCUUGGGAAAACUUUUCAUACCAGUGAUACUACUCAAAAACCCCGUUACCUGCAAGUGCUGAUUGGAAAUGCAGAAGCCACAGUAAA